AUGGCGGCUUUACCAACAAUGCGGCCGCUGGGCUGCCUGAGAUCUUUGUUUAAGACUCAAGAGGCCAUUCAGCCUCAGAUCAGCCGCCGAUUCAUCUCGACCGCCUACUCGCAGCGUCCCAAGCGCGUCCCUUUCCCUUCCAAUAUCCCCGAACAAUUCCUGUCACAAAUUCCUGCCCGCCAUCAGCCUCAAAAUGCCCCCAAGCCGAUCAAGGUCUACCCUCCUCCGCCCUCCACCCGCGCCGUAUGCAAGGACCCAAUCGCAAGCGUCACCGAGUCGCAAUUGUCGGAGAUCGAUCCCAAGGGUGAGCGUAAGGCUCUGUUCGACUACCGACGGAAUCCCCGCAGUGUCAAGCCGGGUGAUAUUGUCCGGGUCACAUUCAAGAACGGCGACCCGUUCAAUGGUGUUGUUCUGAGCAUUAAGAUGCGUGGCAUUGACACCUCUUUCCUGCUGCGGAACGAGCUCACUCGCGUCGCCGUUGAGAUGUCUGUGAAGGUGUUCAACCCGAACAUCUCGAGUGUGGAGAUUGUCCAGCGUGCAGAGCACAAGGCUCGUCGCGCUCGUCUGUACUUCAUGCGGUCCCGCAAGCACGACCGCCGUAGUGUCGAGAACAUCGUGGCCGCCUACGUCCGCCAGAAGAAGGCCUUCAUGGGUGGUGGUCGUCGGGGUUAA